AUGCGGCGCAGCAUCUGGGCUGUCGCCUUUGCGACUACCUGCAUCGAAGCUUGCCAGCGUGACUGGGAUGCCCUCAACCAACGUAUCAGCAGUCAUAGUCACCGUGGCCAUGGACACAAAAAGCGCGAUCUUGCUGUUGAAUACCCGCCAUUGCUCUCAGAAUAUGAGACGAUCCUCGUAAAUUCAUUCGACAGUAAGUCUUUGGACGAGUGGUCACACUACUACACGUCUGGCGAUCAUCUGGGCGGACACAACCGAACCCAGGCCGAGUGGACACAGCAGAAAUGGGCCGAUGCUGGGUGGAACGCAUCCAUCAAGGAAUACUGGAUCUGGUACACUGCGCCAAUAGAGACCACAUUGAGGCUGAACAGGCCAGACGGGAGCAUUCAUCACGUCAGUUUGAUAGAGGAUAUGCUGGAAGAAGAUCCCACAACGAACUACCCUAACCGAAUCCCUGCUUACCACGCGAUGAGCGGGAGCGGCAACAUCAGUGCCGAAUAUGUCUAUGUUGGCCGUGGCCAGAAAGCCGACUUCAAGGCCUUGAAAGAUGCCGGUAUAGAGCUGAAAGGCAAAAUCGCGCUUUCCAUGUACGGCGGCAUUUACAGAGGCACCAAGGUCAAAAACACCCAGGACAACGGCAUGAUCGGAGCGGUCCUCUUCACCGACCCCCUCGACGACGGGGAAAUCACAGUCGCCAAUGGUUAUCUCGCAUACCCAGACGGCCCCGCUCGGAACCCUUCCAUGAUCCAGCGAGGCAGCGUCCGUUUCUCUUCUCUAUAUUCUGGCGACCCCUCCACCGUUGGCUAUGCGUCCGAGAAAGACGGCCCGAGAAACGACGUGACCCCUUACAACCCAACGAUCCCGUCCGUCCCCAUCAGCAUGAAAGACGCAGCCCCCCUUCUCGCCGCGCUGGACGGAAGUGGACUGUCUGCAAAGCAAGUGAACCGUACCGGCUGGGUUGGCGCGCUGCCGAACAUCACUUACAGCAGCGGGCCGGCGACUGGGGCUACCCUUGACAUGGUGCAUUUCAUGAACCAGACUGUGGCGCCCUCAUGGGACGUCAUUGGCAUCAUCAACGGAACUCACCCCGACGAAGUCCUCAUCAUCGGCAACCAUCGCGAUGCGUGUGUCAUUGGUGGCGCCGCGGAUCCCAACUCCGGCUCUGCGGUCCUCAUCGAACUGGCCAAGGCUUUCGGAAAGCUCGUUGACAAGGGGUGGAAGCCUCGGCGAACCAUUAUCCUGGGUUCCUGGGAUGCCGAGGAGUUCGGCUUGCAGGGCUCGACCGAAUGGGUCGAGAGUCACUUGCCCUGGCUGGUAACGAACGCCGUCGCCUACCUGAACCUGGACGUCGCCGUGUCGGGACCACGCACGGCACUUUCCGGUUCCGGAGAGAUUCAGACUAUUGCAAUCGAGAUGAUGAAGAAGGUUAUAUUCCCUGAAGGUUGGAGCGUCGGUCCGACCCUGUACGACAUGUGGUUCAACACGACCGAAGGAGAAAUCCCCCCUCUAGGAAGUGGAAGUGAUUAUGCCGCCUUCUACCACAAUGGUAUCAGUGCUAUCGAUAUCGGGUCUGAUGGUGGGAAGACUGAUCCCGUGUACCAUUACCAUGGACAUUAUGAUUCAUACACCUGGAUGACCAAAUUUGGCGACCCUGGCUUCAAGAUCCACCGAGUGAUGGGCCAGUGGCUCACCUUGAUAGCUUACCACAUCGCCGACGAUGUAAUCAUUCCAUGGGAUCUCCCCAACGCCGGCCGCGUGCUGCGGACUCACUACGACGACCUGAAUGAGACCCUAGCCGGAGUCUACCCCGACCUUGACCUCUCCCCCAUUGGCAGUGCCAUCGCCGAGUUCGAGUCAGCCGCCGAGCGCAUCGCCACCGUCGCCAACCAGGCCCGCGCCUUCAACGACACGGCCCUCAUCAACACAAUCAACGGCAAGUACCGCGACUUCUCCCGCGGCUUCGCGAGCGCCGGGGGCCUCCCGGGCCGCCCGACCUUCCAUAACGUUAUCAGCGCUCCCGGAUUGGACAACGGGUACGGUGCGGACGUCUUUCCCGCCGUUCUCAACUCCGGCAACGAGGAGCAGGCACGGGAAUGGGUCGAGAAGAGCGCUUUGGCGGUGUCUCGCGCCGCCGAGAUCCUGCGUGUCUAA